AUGGCUUCCCGCGCGGCCAUGCUCCUGGACCCGAGGUCAUACAAAAAAAAGAUGGCGUCUGGUGCCCCUCAACAGCACACUCAACCAAAAGCAAGCGUUUCAUGGUCACCAGCACAUGGCAAAAAUACAAAGAUGGGGAGUACUAUCUUAACAACGCCUCCUCAAACUUUGGCCACUCAGUCCAACCCCGAUACGAUGUCUCGUCGCCACGACGACGUCGAGCCGGAGUCGAAUCCAGCUCAAGAACCCACCGGUGAAAUACAGUUCCAAUUCAUUAGUAGCGAAGACCUAUCUAGUGAAGAAGACGAAGGUACCAACAAAAAGCGUAACCGUGAAAGCAAGGACUUAACAGGCGAGCGCAAAUCCUUGAUUGAGGACAUCUACAAUGUUGAGCGCCGUGAAGAUCAGCCCAAAAAGCGGAUCAAGACAGUGGAUACAGAGGAUGCUACAGCUAAAAGCAAGGCGCAGUUCAACAUGUCGGGUAGUAGUGGACUUGGUGAAUACAUGAAAGAGGGCAAACAAACUUCUGAAUCCGCCACCGCAGUUGUGGAUCUUACUAGUGAAGCACCGGUCAAGUCGACUUCAACAGACGACGAAAUUGAAGUCACCGGUUCCGUCGAUCUGAGUGAACAGAUAGUGUGUUACGGCAAGAUCCAGAACGCAACUAUCCAAGCGCAUCAAGUACCCCGGCCAUCUAGGAACAAUUUCUUUGGCGAUUACUCGCGAGAUUGGCCUCCAAUCAAGUUGACCACUCGUCAUACACCUGGUCGAUCGAACAGAAUCGAUGUUAGUGAUCCUUUCGGCCGCGUCUUUGGUACCGUCGAUGCAAGAACAGCUGCGGCUAUUGUACCCCUACUGGAUACUCAGAGCUUGAAAAUUACCAUGACCGCUCGUCUCGAACUACGGCGACGAUUGGAUGGCGAAGAAGUCUGGCAACCUUGUUCGACGCAGUAUCGAGCGGCAAUCAAUUUGAUUGGCCCAAGGAAGUACGCAGAGAUGGUUGGCAAAACUCUAGGACAUGCAAAUGUUUGGCUAGACACCCCUUCUUUGGUGGACAGAGGCAUGCCUGUUUUCAAUCCUCACGCAAAAUUGAGACAUGCUCAGCUCAACUAUGGGCCUGCUGCUGGUUCCCGUUCGCGAGAUACGGUUACGUACGAAGUUCGAACUGCAGAAGAGGUCAACGAUGCCGUAAUGAAGAUGUUCGAUCAACUCAAAAGUGCCGAAAACAUUCCUGAAAUGGAGCCCUCGCCUUUGAUACGCACACCUCUUCUCCAUCAUCAAAAGCAAGCUUUAUGGUUCAUGAUGGAAAAAGAGCAAGACCGCAAAUAUGGGUCGAAGGAAGAAGACAACAACUCACUCUGGCGCGUGGUCUACGGACCCAAUGGUGACAAGAGAUACCGCGAGAUUAUCAGUGGCAUUACUCUUAACGAAGAACCCCCUCAGAUUUAUGGCGGUUUGUUGGCUGAUAUGAUGGGUCUCGGCAAGACAUUGAGCAUUCUCUCCCUUGUCGUAGCAACGUUACCACAGUCAAGAAUUUGGGAAAAGGAGCCACCACACAAUGCACUUGUCCGUGGCAUUCCCGGCAUUCGCAACACUAAAACAACACUACUAGUUUCGCCUCUUAGCGCAGUCCACAACUGGGUUGCUCAGAUUAAGGAACAUUUGGAAGAGAACGCUAUUUCAUACUAUGUUUUUCACGGACCCUCGAGGUCGAAGGUGGUUGAGGACUUGUCACAGUAUGAUCUCAUCAUCACGACUUAUAGCACAAUCUCAAGCGAACUCCGUGGACGUGGUACCAAGCCAGUGAAUAGCCCACUCAUCAAGAUGAACAUGUUCCGAAUUGUCCUCGACGAGGCUCAUGUGAUCCGCGAGCAGUCGGCACAACAAAGCCAGGCUAUCUUUCGUUUGAAUGGCCAACGUCGUUGGUCUGUGACCGGAACUCCCGUUCAAAACCGUCUUGAAGAUCUUGGAUCAGUGACGAAGUUUCUUCGACUGUAUCCGUAUGAUGACAGGUCUAAAUUUCAUGCACACAUUCUCAGCCGUUUCAAAUUAGGCGACCCCACUGUUUUUGCCAGCCUCCGUGUACUUGUGGACUCUUUUACUCUCCGCCGUGUCAAAGACAAGAUUGAUCUGCCACCUCGGCAAGACAAGAUCAUCAUGCUGGACUUCUCUGAGAAAGAAGCAAAACUGCAUGAAUACUUCCGCAAGGAGUCUGAUGUGAUGAUGAAGGUCAUUGCUAAUGAAAGCAAGAGUACCAUGGGUGGUCGAAUGUAUCACCAUGUGCUCAAGGCUAUGAUGAUUCUUCGCCAGAUUAGCGCACAUGGCAAGGAAUUACUCGACAAAGAGAACCGCGAGAGAUUGAAAGGCAUGAGUGUUCAAGAUGCCAUCGACCUUGAGGAAGGUGAAACGGACGAUCAAGCUUGGGCAAUCGAGAAGAAGGCAUAUGAAAUGUUUACUCUGAUGGAGGAGUCUUCCGCCGCAAUGUGUGCCAUGUGUAACAAACCCCUGGCUGAAAACAACAUAGAAGGCGGCACGCCAAAUCCAAAAAGUCCUAUGGCUGUGAUGCUCCCAUGUUUCGAUGUUCUUUGCCUUGAUUGCUUCGGACCUUUGAAAAAUGGAUUUGUAAUGCAGCCUGAGUCAUCUCCAGAGCAGACACGGUGUAUGAAAUGCGAGGGCUGGAUUCCCAUGACUUACUCUGCCAUAACACCUGCCGGACUCGAACAGUACACAGAAAGUCAAGCGGAGGCCAAGACGAGUCGGAAGCGGGCAAAGAUUCUAGGAGAGUACGAGGGGCCGCACACUAAGACCUUCGCUUUGUUGGAACAUCUGCAUAGCACGGCGGAGGAAAGUUCAAGACUCAAGGAUGAGCCUCCUAUCAAGAGUGUGAUCUUUUCUGGUUGGACUUCCCAUCUCGAUCUCAUUGAAAUUGCUUUAAAAGACCACGGUCUGAAUGGAUUUACUCGUAUUGAUGGGACAAUGUCACUUGCGGCCCGCAAGGCUGCCUUGAACAGCUUUGCGGAAGACAAAGAUAUCACUAUAUUGCUUGCCACCAUCGGAGCUGGAGGUGUUGGACUCAAUUUGACAAGUGCAUCCCGCGUUUACAUUAUGGAGCCUCAAUACAACCCGGCUGCGGUAGCUCAGGCGGUAGACCGUGUCCAUCGAUUGGGUCAAACUCGCGAGGUGACCACCGUGCAAUUCAUUAUGAAGGCCAGCAUUGAGGAGAAGAUUUUCGAAAUGGCUAAAAAGAAGCAGCAAUUAGCUGAAGAUAGCAUGGCACGUGGGAAGCUCGAUAAACGUGAAGUCCAGGAGGCGAGGAUGCAAGCCUACCGAAGCCUUUUCCGGUAAUCGGUGCAUCUUUCUUACCAUAUAUUCACUAUUUCCCCCCAAUCUUUUUCUAAAUUUAUGGUUAUCUUAUUCAUUUAGUCUCUUUCUGCUUGCAAUUUCUUUAUGGUGUCAUGGGAACGGCGCUUUGGUUUCUUAUCGAUACCCUGGUGACUUCUAAACGACAAUAUAUGGAUGAGAGGGCUCCUGUCUGAUUGAUCGAUCUUCUCAUUCCCAUACAAAGUCGAGGGCGACCAUCAUGCUGGGUUGAGAUCAUGUUUCUAGAAGAUGAUUUACAAGGUCUACGGACUAAAAUGAUUAGAAAGUCGGUGGUUUUAGGGAUAUCACUUUUCAUGUCUCUUUCUAUUUCACUACCUAUACAAGAUAUGGACGCGAGUCCGCGGAUAUGGUUCUACUUCCUAUUAGUUCGAUACACAUUAAUAUGAGACUG